AUGGAUUCUGUGAUCUCGACAGUGAACUCAGGCACUUCAUCACCAGCUGAAAAAAGAACCAAGAUUUCUGAAACAGAUUAUCAACCUCAACAUAAAACGUUGACAGCAGAUUCACCUCUAUUGCCUCGUGGACUAGAUAUUAUGGGAUACGACUUUAAAGUGAACGAGCCACCUACAGAUCGUCCAGUGCGUAUCUAUUGUGAUGGUAUCUAUGAUUUGUUCCAUUUUGGACAUGCAAAAGCGCUUGAACAAGCCAAGAAGUCAUUCCCGGAAGUUUAUCUGUUAGUGGGCGUGUGCAGUGAUCUAGAGACACACAAGCGCAAGGGAAAGACUGUAAUGACAGACGUUGAACGCUAUGAAUCUGUGCGCCAUUGUAAGUGGGUAGAUGAGGUUGUACCCGACGCACCUUGGUUUGUAAAUCAAGACUUUCUCGAUAAACAUCAAAUCGACUAUGUAGCGCAUGAUGCUGAACCCUAUCAAUCCACUGAAUCAGGUGAUGUUUAUGCAUUUGCAAAGGCACAAGGAAGGUUUCUACCUACUCAACGUACAGACGGCAUCUCCACAUCUGAUUUAAUCACACGCAUUGUCAGAGACUAUGAUGCCUAUUUGCGUAGAAAUCUCGAGCGAGGUGUAAGCGCAAAAGAUUUAAACAUCUCUUUUCUAAAAGAAAGAGAAAUCAAGACCAAAAAGUCCAUUGACGACCUCAAAAAUCAAAUCAAAAACAUAGUGUUGGAGCAUUUGGGCACCUGGGAAGAUCAAAGCCAUGACUUUAUUCGAAGUUUUGCUGGAAGAUUUGGAGCGGAAGACGUUGUUCAAAAGUUUUUGAAUAAGCGUAGACUGCACCUUGGUGAUAAACGAACUCGUAGCCCAAGCAGCAAUGAUGGUGCUUCCGAUGCCUCGUCUUCUCAAAGCGUUCAUUCUUCAAAUAAUGGAACGCCAAUUCUCUAA